GUUCAAAUCCACACAACGCUACACAACUCUUUACCGGUCGGUCAGAGAGUUGCGAAAAAGUGUCAAAUUUAAUUUAACUAUUUAAAUUUAACUUUAAUUAAUACUUAGUUUAAUUUAAUUUAAUGGCAGAAUUUGCUAUUCAACAAGUUGGGGAAAAUGGGGGAAUGGACAUUCGCCCCAAUCACACCAUCUAUAUUAACAAUCUCAACGAGAAAGUUAAGAAGGAGGAACUGAAAAAGUCCCUCUACGCCAUCUUUUCCCAGUUUGGCAACAUCGUCGACAUCGUAGCGUUGAAAACGUUGAGGAUGCGGGGUCAAGCCUGGGUUAUUUUUAAGGAGAUCACCUCCGCCACCAAUGCGAUGAGGUCGAUGCAAGGAUUCCCAUUUUAUGAUAAGCCAAUGCGCAUUUCAUAUGCGAAACAAGACUCGGAUGUCAUUGCGAAGAUGAAAGGAACGUUCAGCGAGCGGCCCAAGAGAUCCAAGGAGGAAAAGAAAAAGAAGAAAUCAAAAGAUGCAGCCAAAAAAGCUGCAGCCACUUUGGGAGGACCAUAUGGUGGAGCUGGUCCUGGUGCCGCUUAUGGACCAAUUGGAGAACAGCCUCCGAAUCAAAUCCUCUUCCUUACCAAUCUUCCCGAGGAGACCAACGAGGUCAUGUUGCAAAUGCUCUUCACCCAAUUUCCCGGUUUCAAGGAAGUACGCCUCGUCCCUGGCCGGCAUGACAUUGCUUUUGUCGAAUUUGAAACCGACAUGCAAGCCACCACAGCGAAAGAUGCCCUCAAUGGAUUUAAACUCACCCCCACGAGCGCGAUGCGGAUCUCUUUCGCUAAGAAAUAAUCACCCUUCCCUUAUCAUGAAUCAUGAUCAACACACUAUUAUUGUUACGAUAAGAUUCUUUUAUAUUCAAACUUAUUACUAGAUAAGUAUCCUUCAUAAAAGUAGAAGAGUCAUGGAGCAUUGCACGGCUCUUAUCUUCUUUUUGUCCUCCUCCAUAAAAUUGUAAAUUCAAUUCACUAAUUCACCUUGUGUUUGGUUUUAACAAUAAAGUGAACGAAAAUGUCACUACCAGACUGGACAAGCUCCAUCCAGUCCAGAUCUGCCGUGAUAUAAGUAUGUCGUGUCGUUAUCAUAAUA